AUGAACAGAGUAACGUCAUCCACGGUUUCGUCCUUCCCCAGUUCAACGAUACCUUGCCCGCUCCUCAAUCCUUCUGGCGACACUUCUACCACCAGUCUUCAACUCGACUCAGGAAGGGGACCGCAGACACUUCAGGCCACCGGUCCCAGCGACACCUACGUCCUCGUCAUUGGCGGCCUUGGCUUUAUCGGCUCGCACACUGUUCUCGAACUCCUCAAGGCAGGCAAAAAUGUCAUUAUUAUCGAUGACCUCAGCAACAGCUUCGAACAGGUUGUGGAACGCAUCACUGCUGCUGCUGCCGUAUGGUGCAAAGCCAACGGCCGACAGCUGCCCAUCAUCAAGUUUCAUCAGCUCGACUACCGCAGCAAGGCCAUACACUUCCUGCUAGAAGCGUACUCCGACAAUGACAACCAGACCUCACCCACCACACCUCACGAUGGCUCACCGCUUCUCGUCAAUCGCCGUUCGAGGAUCACAGGCGUCAUCCAUUUUGCAGCCUUCAAGUCAGUGAACGACUCAAUCUCCCACCCCCUGGAAUACUACUCCAACAACGUGUGCGGCCUCGUCAACCUCCUCGAGUUGCUGGACCACCACAACAUUCGAAAGUUUGUCUUUUCCUCGUCAGCCACCGUCUACGGUACCAAGGCCAAUAGCGGCCGCCCUCUGCGUGAGGAGGACGUCGUCCACCAUCCUGAGGCCUACACCGAUGACCAUGCUAGGUUGCAGCAUGCUGUUCCCGGUACCACCGGCCUUCUGAGCCCGUACGCGCGCACAAAAUACUUUGGCGAGGCCAUUCUUGCCGACCUUGCCUACUCGUCUCCUUCGUGGAACAUAAUCGCUCUGCGCUACUUUAACCCCAUUGGCUGCGACGCUUCCGGACUUCUUGGCGAGGACCCCCGAGGCGAGCCCACGAACCUGUUCCCCGUCAUAACCCAGGUUCUCAAUGGUCGUCGCCCCCAUCUUAACAUCUUUGGCAGCGACUGGGAGACGCGCGACGGCACCGCAAUCCGUGACUUUAUCCAUGUGUCUGACCUCGCACGUGGACAUGUUGCUGCACUUGGGGCCUCGCUCAGAGCCUCCUUCCGCACUUUCAAUCUCGGGACAGGCACGGGCACGACCGUCUCGGAGGCCGUUCGAGCCCUAGAAACGGCUGCGGGUAUCAAGAUUGCAACCAGGCUCGCCCCUCGCAGGGAGGGUGAUGUCGGUUCAUGUGUCGCUGCCAACUCACGCGCCGUCGCUGAGCUCAGUUGGACAGCUACUGAGAGCUUGGGGCAAUGUGCACGCGACCUGUGGAACUUUGUCGCGCGUUGGAACGCAGCCGCCUCCCCGGUGUGA